GUCCAACUUUUUGUAGCUUCUUCAACUCAGAAACGAGAGAGAGAGAGAGAGAGAGAGAGAGCUUUGAGGGUCUCUCUGCGUGUCUUGCUUUGUAUGCUCUGUCAAACCCUAAUACUGAUUCUUCCGUCACCAACACCACCAUGAGAUUCGUCUUACAGGAGAUCCAUCUGCCUGUAGCUGGAUAUUUUGGUUAUUAAAACUGAACUUUCCUGUUUGAUGACCAAAAGGCCUUCAAAUAUUUUUGAGUGGGAUGGAUGCCUAUAAUGUAGCAACAAGAAUCAUGAACUUCUAAGCAUUCGGAGGUAAUCAUCAGAAACCAGUGGACUACCAUAUUCUGAGAGGAAGUAAAAUGGAAGACAAUGUUGGGCACCUCAGUUGUCCCGAAGGGCAAAGUCUUUCAGGGAAGGAAAAGAGCUUAUCUGAUGUUCUUGGGACAUUAAGUGACUCAAAUGUGGGAUUAGAGAAGCAUAUACAUAAAUCUGACCAUGAAAUUGAUGGAUGUAAAAGUGAAAAACUUGCUGAAGGAGAAAGGAUUGGUCAUGUCUCUUCAACUGAUUGUACAAAGGAUAAUGACUAUAAUUUGAAGCAACAGUCUUGUGUGAAUAGUGCAUCCAGUGCUGUACCUCUAUGGAUUUCCCCCGCAAAGUCCAACAUUGAAGUUUCUGCACCUUUUCUGGAGGGAAACGCUUCUACAAAGAAAAGUUCCAUGAGCAGUGAUGGUUGCUUGGACAGUAUACAACCCAUUGAAACUAAUCAGUUGGAAGAUAGGAAAAUUGAUGGAUAUCCACUAAAAAUUGGUGAAAGUGAAUUGAGGGCUGCAGUUCAGACAUCCUUACAUGAUAAGCAAUGUAAAUCUGAGUCUUCUUCUUCCAACUCCACCCAACUUAUUCUUCAAGCUUGUUCUAGUGACAGUUGUCAGGAAAUGUCGGUUGAUAACAAGACAUGUAAGAAUGUCAAACUUAGUGCCAUAGACACUUCCACUUGUACUGACUUUAAUAUUGAAGAGCCUGCAUUUAGAAGUUUAGUACUGGAUACUACCAACUUGUCAUCUGGAAAACAGUGCAAUGUGAUUAAGCAUUCAGAGCCUAUUCACAACAUCAGAACAAGGACUAGUGACAAGGUGCCGGAUUUAACUUUGGAUGAUAAUUGUGGGACUGUGGAGAAUAUUAAUCAGUUCAAAUCUGAUCUGCCUAAGAAGAAAGGGGCAGAGAUUUAUAAUCCUGAUAGAGCAGAAACUCCCUAUGACCUGGAUGAUGCACUGGAUGUGGCUUGGAGAGUUGCAAAAGAAGUAGAGCAGGAGGCUGAGGCUUCUGGAAGCUCCUCUUCUAUGGAAGUGAGAAAUAGUGAUAUGGUUCAUCUCAGCUAUGCUGAUUCGACAGACUCUGAUAAAGAAGGAUGCUUGACAGAAGCUGGAUCCAUACAGCAGCAGUGUAAUGAACAAGAUAAGUCUGAUAGUUUCUCUUCAGCUAAAGAGGCUGUGGAUCUAAAAAUGUUGACAAAAAAGGAACAGUUUUGUUUGGAGGAGGCAAAAGAACCAUUGCAUGACAUGGUUCCGGGAAUUAAUGAUGGCUGUCAGAAACUGGAGCCAUCUAUGAGACCUGAAGGUUCUGGUGACCAAACUUGUCAUGUUUUUGGAAUUGAUCUUAAUGAAGAUGUCCUGGAAAAUGAAGUAGAAGACACUGAGAAGUCAGUCAAAGAAGCUGCAUCUAUCUGUGAAAGUGUAUCGAAGCCAAUACCCAUGGCUGCCAAAUCAGGAAUAUGCUUACCUGUGCCACAAUUUCAAAGCGCUGGGGAACUGAGCGGUUGGAGAGGUUCAUCUGCCACUAGUGCUUUUCGACGUACUUCUUUUUCUGAGAGUUGCAGUAGAAAUAAGGCAUUGUCCACUAAUGAUACUAUUGGCAGCUCAAACUAUUCACAUGUUAAAGGGAUUGACCUCAAUGUUGCUGCUGGUGUUGAUUUUGAUGUUGAGUUGCUGCCAAAGAAAUCUAUCCCAGCACUGUCAAGUAAUUAUACAAAAGAGUCUUCUGUGGAAGUGAGUUCCAGACAAGCAAGAAUGUUUGAUAUUGAUCUCAACUGUGUCAGUGAAAAUGAUGAAAACUGCCGUCAAUUGUCUCCACCAGCUUCAUUAUCAAGUCAUUCUGUUAGGGAUUUUGAUUUAAACGACAACCCAAUUUCUGCAGAUGCAUGCAUUGAUCCUUACUGGCCCUGUGAAGGCACCCGGGCAAAUGGUGGUUUUGAUGAUCCAGCAAUUUCUUCUGUGGAAAAUUCAAGACAAUCAGACUGUAAAAGUUUCAGGUCGUCCUGUUCUCCGCAUUUGAGUUCAAUGGAAGGAUUUAGUCAUAGUCAUCAUGCUAAACCCUUUCUGGUAGCUGCUACCAAUAUGCUUCCCUCAAACGAACAAAUGCAGAGGGUAGUUACCCUGGAACACAAGGCAAGCUUUACCCAAUCAUACCCUCAUGCCUUCCUCUAUAAUAAUGGUUUCUACUUUGACCCAAACAACAGCAUAUCCUCAACAGUUUACCCACCCCCUGCCCUGCCAUACAUGACAGAUCCCCAUGCAACCACCGUGAUCCCACAAAUUCUCGGUUCUGGUACUCUUCCUAUGUUUUCUGGGGCCCCACAUCUUAUGGAGGUUCCUCAUGGAUCCAGCCCCAGCGACUUUGCUUUCAUAAGGCCAACUUUUGAUCUAAAUGCUGGUGCAAAUUGUCCAGAGAAUGGAAGCAGAGGAACCAGUGCUAGACAACUCUGCAUUCCUUUAAGUAACUCAACAGUGGAAGAACAAAUGAAAUCUUUCCAGCAAGUUGCAUUGACAGCUACUCCCAUGAAGAGAAGGGAACCAGACGGGGGAUGGGACUCUCAUCAACUCUGCCUUAGACAGGCUGCUUCUUGGCGUUAGGUUUACAGAGUUGUCAUCGUCUAAUUAGAGUUUGCAAAGAAAUUUGAACUUUUGAUUCGCUACCGGAAUUCAAUUGUUUAACGUGACUACGGUAGCCAGCGGGGUUUAAAAGGCCAACUUGGCUGCAACAGAUAUAAGUUGAUUUUACAUGCUUUUAUUUACUAUUCUUUGCCAUAUCUAGCCUUUAUGCAUACCUAGUUCUCCAAAGGGCCUCUGUAUACUUUACAUAUUUUGUUUAUUGAAUGUAAAUAACUUAGUACUUGCUUAUUUA